AAUCGGACGGCCAACGUGAACGAUUAGUAUAGCGAAACAUCUGCAUUUACAAAUCCUUGCGCCAUUUUCGCUAUUGGAAAUUUAGAACCGGCAGAUUUUGGCGCCAAAAUUUACACAUAUAUAUAAGUUUCAAUAUAACCACAUUUGCAAACUUGACUCUCUGUAAAUUUAUUAAGAAAAGAAAAGAAAAGAAAAUGCAGCGCCAGAAAUCUAUACUCUCUUUCUUCCAGAAACCCUUGCCGGCGGGGAAUCAGAACUCCGGAGCCGGAGACGCUUUCGAUGGAGGGAAAGCCCCUCGGUUUUCUUCAGAGAAGCAGAACCAAAAAGUCACUGUUUCAAGUGAACCUGAGAUUCAAGGAACCGACACUCCGCCGGAGAAGGUGCCGCGUCAGAUUCUACCUGUGAGGUCUACGGAGAAUGAGAGUAUCAAAGGUUCUUCACUUUUCUCGAGCAUUAUGCAUAAGUUCGUCAAGACUGAUGACAAAGAAAAGCCUCUUCAGAGGAUCCUGGCUAAUCAUACUUCCACCAAUGUAUCUGGUAGAUUUACUGAUAAAAAAGGAUUGUCCAAACAGGGAACUACUGCCCUAUAUCCUGAAAAGGGAAAUCCUUGUAGUUACAAUGCUGUGGUUGAUGUUGAAAGCAAUGAUGAUGAUGUUCCUGGGCCAGAAACACCAGGUGUGCAACCUCUAGUUCCUCGUUUGAAGCGCAUUCAACACGAUAGUCCUAAGGUGGAUGACAAAGAUGCCACUUUCUUAUUGAAUGCUAGCAAAAGGGCGAAACUUCUUCUGGACUCAACAGCCGUAAGCAAGAACCAAGGCCAAAUAUCUGACUCAACAAGCAAAUUUGAGUGGCUUGACCCUUUGCGAAUUAGGGACAUUAAUGGAAGAAGGCCUAGCGAUCCUCUUUACGACAAAAAGACACUUUAUAUACCACCUGAUGCAUUGAGGAUAAUGUCAGCUUCUCAGAAACAAUACUGGAGUGUCAAAUCUCAGUAUAUGGAUGUUGUCCUUUUCUUCAAAGUGGGGAAAUUCUAUGAGCUUUAUGAACUUGAUGCUGAAAUUGGUCACAAGGAGCUGGACUGGAAAAUCACACUAAGUGGUGUGGGGAAAUGUCGACAGGUUGGUAUAUCUGAAAGUGGGAUUGAUGAUGCUGUUGAAAAGCUGGUUGCUCGUGGAUAUAAAGUUGGACGAAUUGAGCAGUUAGAGACAUCUGUUCAAGCAAAAGCUAGGGGUGCAAAUUCUGUAAUCCAGAGAAAAUUAGUUCAGGUUAUUACACCAUCAACUGCAACAGAUGGUAAUAUUGGUCCUGAUGCAGUUCAUCUUCUUGCCCUAAAGGAGGUCUGUAAGGGAAACUAUGGCCUGGAUAAUGGGGAAACUGCUUAUGGCUUUGCUUUUGUUGAUUGCGCUUCUCUGCGAUUUUGGGUUGGUUCUAUCAAUGAUGAUACUUCAUGUGCUGCUUUGGGGGCACUGUUGAUGCAGGUCUCGCCAAAAGAAGUCAUAUAUGAAACCAAAGGGAUAUCUAGAGAAGCUCAGAAAGCGCUCAGAAAGUACUCAAUAACUGGUUCAACAGCAGUGCAAUUGAAUCCAGCCCCUCCCUCCACUAAUUUUCUGGAUGCUUCUGAAGUUAGAAAUUCGAUUCAGUCCAAGGGUUACUUCCGAGGGUCUUCUAGCCCAUGGAAUAAUGUAUUUGACAGCAUAAUGCACCAUGAUAUCACCCUAAAUGCUCUUGGUACACUUGUUGAUCAUCUGUCCAGGUUGAUGUUAGAUGAUGUUUUACGGAAUGGAGAUAUUUUGCCCUACCAAGUUUAUAGUGGUUGCCUCAGAAUGGAUGGACAGACUUUAAUAAAUCUCGAGAUUUUUAAUAACAAUUCUGAUGGUGGCUUAUCAGGUACAUUGUUUAAUUAUCUAGAUAACUGUGUGACAUCAUCUGGUAAGCGGCUUUUAAGGAAGUGGAUGUGUCAUCCAUUGAAAUCUGUUGAAGGCAUUAAUAAUAGGCUGAAUGUAGUUGAAGAUCUAAUGACACAAUCAGAUAUUAUGUUAGUUAUUUCACAAUAUCUUCGCAAGAUUCCAGACAUAGAAAGGAUGCUUGGACGAGUCAAGGCUAGCUUUCAGGCAUCAGCUUCUCUUGUGCUGCCUUUAAUUGGUAAAAAAGUGUUGAGACAGCGAGUGAAAGUGUUUGGGUCUCUAGUGAAAGGGCUUCGGAUCGGAAUAGAUUUGUUGUUGCUUUUACAGAAGGAAGACCGAAUAAUCUCAUUAUUUUCAAAAAAUUUUAAACUUCCGGAGCUAAAUGGAAGUGCUGGGCUUGACAAAUUCCUCUCCCAAUUUGAAGCUGCUGUGGAUAGUGAGUUCCCCAAUUACCAGAACCAUGAUGUAACAGAUUCAGAGGCUGAAACACUGUUCGUGCUGAUUGAUUUGUUUAUUGAGAAAGCUUCAUGUUGGUCUGAAGUCAUCCAAGCCAUUAAUUGUAUUGAUGUACUAAGAUCUUUUGCAAUCACUGCAAGCAUGUCAUCCGGGUCUAUGUCUAGGCCUGUUAUUUUACCCGAGUCAAAAUCCAGUAUGUUCGGCCAAGAUAAGGGAGGACCUGUACUUAAGAUUAGAGGCCUAUGGCAUCCUUUUGCCCUUGGAGAGAAUGGAGGGAUGCCUGUCCCUAAUGACUUGCACCUUGGUGAGGAUCUAGAUGGUUAUCUUCCUCGAACCUUACUCCUGACUGGACCAAAUAUGGGUGGAAAAUCAACACUUUUGCGUGCCACAUGUCUAGCUGUUAUACUGGCUCAGCUUGGUUGUUUCGUGCCUAGUGAGAAGUGUGUUCUCUCACUUGUUGAUAUCAUUUUCACACGACUUGGUGCCACUGAUCGGAUUAUGACUGGCGAGAGUACAUUCUUCAUCGAGUGUACAGAAACAGCUUCAGUUCUUAAAAAUGCCACUCAAGAUUCUCUUGUUCUUCUUGAUGAAUUGGGUCGAGGAACAAGCACUUUUGAUGGAUAUGCCAUUGCAUAUGCAGUGUUCCGCCAUCUUGUUGAGAAGGUGAACUGCCGAUUGCUUUUUGCUACGCACUAUCAUCCGCUUACAAAGGAAUUUGGUUCUAAUCCACGUGUAAUACUGCAACACAUGGCAUGUGCCUUUAAAUCAAAAUCUGAAAGCUAUUCCGAAAGUGACCAGGAUUUGGUUUUUCUAUACCGGCUUGCCUCCGGAGCAUGCCCAGAGAGUUAUGGAUUACAAGUCGCUGUCAUGGCUGGAAUUCCAGAAAAUGUGGUGGAAGCUGCUUCACAGGCUGGCCAAGUGAUGAAAAAAUCAAUUGGAGAAAGUUUCAGAUCAAGUGAAAAGAGAUCAGAGUUCUCAACUCUCCAUGAAGACGGGUUGAAGACCCUGCUAAGUGCCACACAAAUUGGAGGUUGUAAUUUUGACAACACUGAUGACGUUUACGACACAUUAUUUUGCUUGUGGCAUGAGCUAAAGAACUCAUAUCAGUCUUAACUGAAAAGAGAAAUGAUAAAUAUAUCUUCUCUUUUUGAGGUUGUAUAUUAUAUUAGUGAUUAUAAAUGGCAUAUUCUUUUUCGAUCUUGAUCCUGGAAUAGGAUUGAUGGAUUGAUGAUCUAUUAAGUUGAGAAGUAUCAUUCUU